GUGGGGGGGGGGGGGGGGCGUUAUUUCUUGUGUGGGCGCGGCCUGAGCCUGCUCUUAAAUAGUUGCGCUUGGAGGAGCGUUUUGUAUUUUGUCAGAGGAGCGACAAUGAUAUCAGACACAACGCAGAAACAUGCCGGCUUCAAGUGGUCGACGUUGUCAUCCUGGUCCGAUCCCGAGCGGAAGGCGGCUAAAGAGAAGAAGGGGGGCCACAAGCUGAAGCUGCCCAAGCUAUGGGGGAACAACGCUGCUCAAGUCAGGCGUAACAGCGCCCCCGCAACGGAUGGACGGACAGAGAUACAAAACAUCCAUGAGGACACAGAGCCAGUGGCACCGCCAGCACCACUGGCGCCACCGGUGCCACCGGUGCCGCUGACCUUCGAGGAGCAUCUUUCGGCGCUGCACUUGAGCGAGGCGGGGCGGCUACUGUUGGCCCGAGAGGAGCGUCUGUUCGGGGGCACCGAGGCGGCCCGGGGGGGACGUCGACAAGAGGAUGUGGACGCCCUGGCAGCCGACCGCCAAGCCCUGGAGGAGGCGGUGCUGCGGACGCUUGGGAGCUCCCUGGACGGGGCGGACACCGACGUGCUGACAUCGGCCGUGACCUUUAUGCAACAGGAGGAGGAGUGUGACGCGUUGUGGGAGCAGCGCGGGGGCAUGCCGCCGCCCUGGAGGCUCAGGGACUGGAGGCGAGUGCACGACGAGACCCUGCAAGGCCUCGUAGAGGAGCGCAUGGACGCCCCGGCCACGCUGUCGACGGAGCAGUCGUCCAUCCAGGCCGACGUAUACGGCAUGGGCGGGCAGCUGAGGCGCGACCUCCUGCUGGUGGCCGAGCGCGUCAAGCCCUGCUACCCGCGCCACUCAGACAUCUGCCGGCAGUAUGCCGCCUGGUACCACCAGUGCAUCGGCGCCAGGCUAAGGAGGCUGGCCGACUUUGUGCUGGAUGACCGCGACUGCACCUUCCUGCUGCGCUGGGUCAACGACUACUACCCGCAAUUGCUUCAAGAACCUCAACUGGCCGCCGACAUCGACACCCGCGGCCUUCAAGAGCUCCUGCCUGCCAAUCUCCUCGCACCUCUGGAGGAACAAUACCUCAGCUGUCAGCAGCGAGAGCUGACCACGUACGUGGGACGCAUCCUGGACCAGGCUCAGGAGGCCUGGACCAAAGGAGAGGAGCCGCCCACUGAGGAUGAAUGCUUUGUCAGUCCAAUGGCCUAUGACAUCAUUCAGAUGGUGAACGGCAUGGUGAACGCAGCGGCGAAGGUGCUGGGCGACCUGCAGAAGGCUCAGAAUUUGACCCAUCAGCUGCAAGACUUGCUUCAUAGGUUCCGGACUUUCCAGGCUGACGUCAUCAAGCGCAACAGAGCAAACAGCACUGCUUUUGUCAAAGCCAACCUCGGCUGCGUGGCACAGUUCAGAGACUUCCUGACGACGCAUAGCCAUCUGUUCCCGGAGGACGUUCGGGAAAACUGCCUGAGCGUUUUGGCCGACAUGACGCGAAGCGCGCACGAGUUUCUGCUCUGCCCCGUGCACAAGAACCUCAAGCCGCACUACCGGAAACUGUUCAGCCAAGAGUGGUUGAAGAACUCCACGAUCGGGAGGCUGCGGUCCGGCCUGGAGGAGGAAAUGCUUCAACUGCAAAGUCUGCCAGAGUCCGCUCACCAGGAGCUGAUUGGCCGGCUACACCUGGAAGUGUCUGUGAUGUACGUUCAUAGGCUCCUGAGGGGAGAAAUCAGGCUGAAGGACAAACAGCAGCAACAGCAGGCCGCCAUUAACGUGGACGACGACGCGCGCCAUUUGCACGACGUUUUCGCCACACACGGCUCCAAAGAGGCAUGGCUUCAGGAGGCUCUCAGCAUGAUGGCUGAAGUCCUGAAGCUCCAGGAUCUCCCUGCUAUCCAGUUCCAGGUGGCCUCGCUGGGAAGCGCUUUCCCUGACCUUAGUGAGAAACAUGUGCUGUCUCUGCUCAAGAUGAAAAGCAACCUCACCAAGGAGGACAAGAACAAAGUGAAGGCCGUCCUGGCAGAAAUUUCCCCUGACUCUAGCCAAUCGCGGCCUUUUUUCUCAUUUGUGGUGCUCAAAUAGCAACGGUGCUAAAUAGUCACACUCCGCUCCACACUCCAAGCUCAAUGUGGUUCCCGUUAUUCCGCAAGUUUGUGUGUUUGUGUGCAGUGGUUGUUCAGAAUGUUCGGGCCAUCUUAUUUUUGUAUACUAGUUUGCACAUGUACAUUUUGUUUAAUAAAGGGAAUGCUAAUCAUUG